GGGUGCAGGCGCAGCGGCGCGCCGAGGCUCCAUGUUGGGAAGCGCCGCGCGCCCUCGUUAGCGGGAUCCGGGCGCCGCGGGCAGAGCCCCGGGCUGGGCGCAGCGAAGAUGGAGGCCCCGCUGCGGCCUGCCGCCGACAUCCUGAGGCGGAACCCGCAGCACGACUACGAGCUGGUGCAGAGGGUCGGCAGCGGCACCUACGGGGACGUGUACAAGGCCAGAAAUGUACAUACAGGAGAAUUAGCUGCAGUAAAAAUCAUCAAGUUGGAGCCUGGUGAUGAUUUUUCUCUGAUUCAACAAGAAAUAUUUAUGGUUAAAGAAUGUAAACAUUGCAACAUUGUGGCCUACUUUGGGAGCUAUCUCAGUAGGGAAAAACUGUGGAUUUGCAUGGAGUACUGUGGUGGCGGAUCACUUCAAGAUAUUUAUCAUGUUACUGGACCAUUAUCUGAAUUGCAAAUAGCCUAUGUGUGCAGAGAGACGUUACAGGGUCUUGCCUAUUUGCAUACUAAAGGCAAAAUGCAUAGAGACAUCAAAGGUGCAAAUAUCUUAUUAACAGACCAUGGUGAUGUAAAAUUAGCUGAUUUUGGUGUGGCUGCAAAAAUAACAGCUACCAUUGCAAAGAGAAAGUCUUUCAUCGGCACCCCUUAUUGGAUGGCCCCAGAGGUUGCAGCAGUGGAAAAGAAUGGCGGCUACAACCAACUUUGUGAUAUCUGGGCAGUCGGGAUCACAGCAAUUGAGCUGGGAGAGCUGCAGCCGCCCAUGUUCGACCUUCAUCCCAUGAGGGCUCUCUUCUUAAUGUCAAAAAGUAAUUUCCAGCCUCCAAAACUAAAGGACAAAACAAAAUGGUCAUCGACAUUCCAUAAUUUUGUCAAAAUAGCACUAACUAAAAACCCUAAGAAAAGGCCAACCGCCGAGAGGCUUCUGACUCACACCUUCGUUGGACAGUCGGGUCUGUCCCGGGCCCUCGCCGUGGAACUGUUGGACAAGGUGAACAACCCAGACAACCACGCACACUACACCGACGACGAUGACUUUGAGCCCCAUGCAAUCAUCCGUCAUACCAUUAGAUCUACAAACAGGAAUUCCAGAGCUGAACGGACAGCCUCAGAAAUAAAUUUUGACAAGUUACAGUUUGAACCACCUCUGAGAAAAGAAACAGAAGCCCGAGAUGAAAUGGGACUACCGUCAGACCCAAAUUUUAUGUUACAUUGGAAUCCUUUUGUGGAUGGUGCAAAUACAGGCAGAUCGACCUCUAAGUGUGCAGUACCACCUCCUCUACCUCCUAAGCCCAGGAUAAACAGUUACCCCGAAGACAGCCUCCUAGAUGAAGAGAAGUCAGCAACCGUGAAACGGUGCCCUGACCCGGAGACCAGAGCACCUCAAGUUCUCAGAAGACAGAGUAGUCCAAGUUGCAUUCCCGUAGCAGAGGCAUCCUCUGUAGGAAAUGGUGAUGGCAUCUCAAAACUGAUGAGCGAAAAUACGGAGGGAUCAGCACAGGCUCCGCAGUUACCUCGAAAAAAGGACAAGAGGGACUUUCCUAAACCAACCAUCAAUGGCCUUCCACCCACCCCAAAAGUUUUGAUGGGAGCAUGUUUUUCAAAAGUAUUUGAUGGCUGCCCUUUGAAAAUUAAUUGUGCAACAUCCUGGAUACACCCUGAUACAAAAGAUCAGUACAUUAUUUUUGGAACUGAAGAUGGUAUUUACACAUUGAAUCUCAAUGAGCUACAUGAAGCAACUAUGGAACAGUUGUUUCCACGGAAAUGUACAUGGCUCUACGUCAUCAAUAACACGCUGAUGUCAUUGUCAGGAAAAACCUUUCAACUCUACUCUCACAAUCUUAUUGCUUUGUUUGAACAAGCCAAGAAACCAGGAUUGGCUGCCCAUAUCCAAACUCAUAGGUUUCCUGACCGCAUUCUGCCAAGAAAGUUUGCCUUAACAACAAAGAUCCCUGAUACAAAAGGCUGCCAUAAGUGCUGCAUAGUUAGAAACCCUUACACGGGACAUAAAUACCUCUGUGGAGCUUUGCAGUCUGGAAUUGUUCUGCUGCAGUGGUAUGAACCAAUGCAGAAAUUCAUGUUGAUAAAGCAUUUUGAUUUUCCUUUACCAAGUCCACUGAAUGUCUUUGAAAUGCUGGUGAUACCAGAACAGGAGUACCCCAUGGUUUGUGUAGCGAUCAGCAAAGGCACCGAGUCAAACCAAGUAGUGCAGUUUGAGACAAUCAACUUGAAUUCUGCAUCUUCCUGGUUUACAGAAAUCGGGGCAGGCAGCCAACAGCUGGAUUCCAUUCACGUGACGCAGUUGGAGAGAGAUACUGUUUUGGUGUGUUUAGACAAAUUUGUAAAAAUUGUAAAUCUACAAGGAAAACUAAAGUCAAGUAAGAAGCUGGCCUCUGAGCUAAGUUUUGACUUCCGCAUUGAGUCCGUCGUGUGCCUUCAAGACAGUGUGUUGGCCUUCUGGAAGCAUGGGAUGCAGGGUAAAAGCUUCAAAUCAGAUGAGGUCACCCAGGAAAUUUCAGACCAGACCAGAGUUUUCCGCCUAUUGGGAUCAGACAGGGUUGUUGUUUUGGAAAGCAGACCAACAGAAAACCCCACAGCACACAGCAAUCUCUACAUCUUAGCUGGACAUGAAAAUAGUUACUAAGCAACAGAAAGGAAUUCCAAGUGACAAGAAGAUGAAUAUGCUCCAUCAAAAGCGAGAGUGUUUUCUGGGAAUUCCAUGUAGACUACAGUAUGACUUGCUUUAAUUGUUGUGGGUUUAUAUCAAAUGGUCUGUACAGUAGGGUAGAAUUCAGUAUUUUCUGUAGCUGGAAACAGCUAAUCAAUCUCUUGCCACUGUGUGGUGGUUAUAUCAAGUUUGCUUAAUAAAAGCUAUGAGACAAAUAGUCCUCUAGUUCCAGGAAA